UGCCAAAAAUGGAAUCGCCAGACUACAGUUACUUGUACAUGUUAACCACCCCGCAGAGUGUCAACAGUGAAUGGGGUUCGGCUUCUUCCACGUCCAGUUACGACAGUUACGGGGAUGAACACUAUCAGCCAGCUUGUAUCAGCCCCGACCCGAUUGGGAGAGCUAAAACGCGUGUGACUCCCUUAGUGCUACGCAAAAGACGUCUCGCUGCCAAUGCCAGGGAACGCAGGAGGAUGCAGAAUCUGAAUCAGGCGUUUGAUCGUCUUAGAACGUUCCUUCCUCAGCUGGGACAAGACAGACAAUUGUCCAAGUACGAGACCCUCCAAAUGGCCCAGACUUACAUCACCGCGCUCUACGAUUUGCUGGAUCAAAGACCGGUGCAGUAGAAAUAAGUGUUUAGUUUAGUAUUAUUUAUUUGUUGCCAUAGUUUCCAAUGCCAAAGUUUAUAUUUAAUGUUAUGUUUAGUCGUAGAUUUAAGAAUGUUAUGCCAUACCAGUAUUUUAGUCAGAUUGUACUUCAGUUCAUUACUAAUGUAAUGUAAAUAUUUGUAUAUAUUGUUAUUUAAUUGUAAGUCGUACUAUUUUAAGCCAAAAUACCAUAAACAGUAUUUCUUGUAUAUUUAGAUUUA